UUAAAACUAUGCUUUAUUGGAACAUCUAUACAUGCGACUGUGGUGAGGAGGAGGAGGGGCACACGCUCUGGCCAGGCAGGAGGGAGGGGGCGACCCUGGUACACAAUAUCUGGUCGCGCGGUUCCCCGGAGCCCAGCCCCCCACCCCACCCCGCAGCAGCGCCGGAAGUACGAGGCGACCGGGCUUAAGUCCGUUUCCGGUCUCCGGCGGUGUCAACCGCUCCCCUCUCGCGCGGCCCGCCCCCAGCUGUCCCGGCUGUGCUAGUGUAGCGGCCGCGCGGGCAGAGUUCUAGUGGCCCGGGUGGCAGCGCGGAUCCAGGUGAGGCUCCCCGGCACUGGGACGGCGACUGUGCACGAGGCUGCCAGCUUCUGAGUCCUCGGGUGCGCACGACUCGCAGGUCUCGGGCCGGAGCACACACGGGUGUUGCGACUUGCGUGAGCCUGGAGGCCGCCGUAGUGGCCGAUCCUGGCCUUCUGCCCGCCGCCGUCCUCCCCCGCCGAGUGGGGCCUCCCGCCGCCACUGGGGUCCAGGGUCCAGUCAGCGAGGCGAGGGGCCGCCCCCGCUCCCCGCCACCCCGACGGGAGCCCUAGGAGCGAUGCCGCUGACCUUCCAGGACGUGGCCGUGUACUUCUCCCGGGCGGAGCGGAGGCAGCUGGGCCCCAGGCAGCGUGCAUUGUACCGGGAUGUGAUGCUGGAGAACUACGGAAACGUGGCCUCGCUGGGAUUCCCUAUCCCGAAACCAGAGCUGAUCUCCCAGCUGGAGCAAGGAGAGGAGCUGUGGGUCCUCGAUCUUCUAGGAGCUGAAGAACCAGAAGUCUUGAGAACCUGCAGGACAGAUUCUGAGAUUGGGACUGAGAAGGAGCUAUCCAUUCUAGACCAGAAAUGUUCUGAAGAAGUAAAAGCCCCAGAAUUUUUAUCAAAAAGGUUCUCAAGGGCAAAUUCACAGGCAUCUGAGUCCCAGGAACCUUGGGACUGUGAAGGAAAAGAAGAAGAGAACCUGGGAAAGUCUGCUAGGCUGAGUUUGAAGAAAUCCCCUCAACUUCUCAAGACAUUUUUUAGAGAGAAAUCUGUCAUGUGUAAGGAACAAUCUCCGGGAGAAAGAACCCAGGAGUGUGCUGCACUUGAUAGAUACUUCAAUCUGAACCAAAAUGUUGUUGGACUUAAAAGAAAUAAAAUAAGAGAAAGAGCCUUUAAAUGUGAUGUUUGCAGCAAAACCUUCAAAUAUAAUUCAGAUUUACGCCGCCAUCAGAGAAGUCAUACUGGGGAAAAGCCUUUUGAGUGUGGUCCGUGUGGGCGAGCCUUUACACAGAGCUCAAGCCUUACUCUGCACCGGCGAGUCCAUACUGGGAAUAAACCAUUUAAAUGUGGGGAGUGUGGAAAAAUGUUUGGGCUCAAUUCCUACCUCGUUUUACAUCAAAGAAUUCACACUGGAGAAAAACCCUUUGGGUGUAAUGAAUGUGGGAAGGCCUUCAGUCGAAGUUCAAGUCUUAUUCAACAUCGUAUAAUCCACACAGGAGAAAAACCUUAUAAAUGUAAGGAAUGUGGAAAAGCCUUCAGCCAGAGCCCCCAGUUAACUCAGCACCAGAGGAUCCACACGGGAGAGAAGCCCUAUGGAUGCAAUCAGUGUGGGAAGGCCUUCAGCCGAAGCUCCAGCCUUAUCCAGCACCAGAGGAUCCACACGGGAGAGAAGCCCUUCGGAUGCAGCCAGUGUGGGAAAGUCUUCAGCCAGAGCUCAAGUCUUUUCCUCCAUCACAGGGUUCACACUGGGGAGAAGCCUUAUGUGUGUAAAGAAUGUGGUAGAGCCUUUGGCUUCAACUCACACCUUACAGAACACACAAGGAUCCACACUGGAGAGAAGCCCUACACAUGCAGUGACUGUGGCAAAGCCUUCAGCCGGAGCUGUACUCUCGUGCAGCAUCGCAGAGUACACACGGGCGAGAAGCCCUAUGAAUGCACCACAUGUGGCAAAGCCUUCAGUCAGAGCUCCCAGCUCACCCUACACCAGCGCGUCCACACUGGGGAGAAGCCCUACACUUGUGGUGCCUGUGGCAAGGCCUUCAGCCGAAGGUCAGCCCUCUCUCAGCACCAGCGGGUUCACACGGGGAGAACCUUCAUACAAGCAGAUGUGGCCCAGCCUUUGUUCCUGGCUCCGGCCUCAUGUCCCCUGGAAAGAGAUGGAGCAGAGCCUUCCUCCAAGGCUCAGCCCUCUUUCUGCACUGGAGAGUUCACAUGGGUGAGAAUUUCUAACCCAUUGCAUAUCAGGAGGUCCAUGCUAGUGAGAAACCCUGUAAGUGUCAGGAAUGUGGAAAAGCUGUCAGUGGGAGUUCAGCCCUUACUCAACAUCAGGUAACUCAUGUUGGAGACAAACUCCCUUAAAUGAUGACUCCAAAAGGCCCUUCAUUCAUAUAAAAAAGGUUUUCAAGAAAAACAUUUUAAUUUAUAAUUAUUUAGCAGUUGUUCAUUUUAUGUUGGAUAGGAUGGCAUAACAAAAAUUAAAUAAAUAAAAAGGUCUAAAUAUUACUAGCAAAGCAAAAUAAAUAAAUUGAGUGACUAGUGAAAUCAUUAAAUUUGAAAUAUGAGGGAAUUCAUUAUGGAGAAGUUGUCUCUACAGAGGUUACUGUGUACGGGGUGAACCGUGAAUGCAUCAGAGCCUGGCAGUUGUGGGUGGAGGUGUGAGGACUGAGCCAUCUCAUUUGCAUCGUUCCUACAUAGUGAUCUCUAUCUUAUUUCCUCUUUCCUGUCUAACCCACAUUUGUGAUCUACAAUUCCUAGCUUCAGGCUCACUGGGCAGGUUCAAGCCUUACCUCCACCAUCAGGUUGCUCUGUUACCUGCCCCCAAGAGGGUAACUGCAGGCUGAGUCCAUUUAUAAAGUGAACAUUGGUUUGUUUUUCAGUUCUCAGGGGAUCUGCAGCUCAGCAAAGGAGACUUCAGAAAGCAGCAAAGCGUCAGCUGCCCCAUCUACCACAUAGCUCCAUGUUUAAGAACUGUAAUUACUGAUAGGAUUUUUUUUGGAGGGAGUACUAGACAAUGAAUCCAGGAUCUUCUCAAGUAACCCAGACUUGGCUUGAACUUGUGAUCCUUCCGCCUCAGCCUCCAGCAUACUGGGAUUAUAGGUGUGCACCACCACACCUGACUCUGAUAGGAUUUUUAAUAGGUAGAUUUGAGGUAUAGUUGAUAUAAAAUAGAUUUCACUCUUUUUAGUGUACAUAUUGUUCUAUGGAUUUUCACAAAGACAUACAGUUGUGUAGCUCCCACCAGACAAGGUAUAGAACAUUCUUAUGAGCACCCAGAGUUCCUUUGUGCUCUGUAUGGUGAGUCUUCUGCACCGCUGGAAACACCUGUCUAGUUUUUGUACCUGUAGCCUCAUUUGUCACAGACUCACACUAUGUGGAGUCUUUUGAAUCUGACUUUUUCUGGCACUGGAGAUUGAACUCAGGGCCUUCACACUGAGCUGUAUCAACAGCCCACUUUAAUUAAUUUAUUAACUAAUU